GCGGUGCUCAAGCGGGUGCAGCAGGAUCCUGGCGCUCGCGGUGCUCCUCGCGGCAUCGGUGGCGGCGCCCGCCCCCCUGCCGUGGGCUCGAAGCGUGAGCAGAGGCUUGAGAGACAAGUCCAGGAGCUCACCAAGCGGGUGGAGCAGUUCGUCGCUGGAGGUGCCAAGGCCUCGGCCCAACAAGGUGGGGGAGGCGGUGGACCUGCGGCUGCUGCCAAGGAUGACAAGGAGAUGGAGGAUCCGCUGCGCGCUGAGGCUACUCAGCUGGAGUUGGCCAUCGCAGCGUGCAAGAGUGAGUCUGCAUCGGCGGCCAAGGCUAUCCUGGAGGAGACCCUCCGAGGAGUCAGGGCGCAGAUCGAGGCUCGAAAGCCAGACCUCACGCAGCACAACAACGUGGGGCACAGGCUCAACAGAUGUAAGGCCCGUCUGGCCAAGGUGGAGUCUGAGGUCACAGACAUCACUAAGAGGCUGGACGAUAUGCAAAAGGAGAGGAGUGAGUUGGUGCAGAAGCGCGACACUAUACAGAAGGAGUGCGCUGAGCUCCAACGACAGUUGGUUACCACCUUGCCACUCGGCGAGUCGACGGCGGACGACACCUUCGGUGUCCCGAAGGAGCUCCUGGAGGGCAACGCGGAGAUCAAGGCGAUGGUGGACUCCGAGCCGUUCAAGGAGUUCGCCAAGCUUUUUCGCCUACAUGUCACAUCGGGUGCUCAGCGGCCUGGGACACCUGUGGCACCGCCUGAGGCAGCGCCUGGUGCACACGUGGACCAGCCUGUGCCAGCGGACGACGACGAGCUCGACGACAUGUUCGUUGAUGAGCAGGCGGCGGAUGAUUUCUGGGAGAAGCACAAGGGUGGCAAGAGGGCUAUCCUGGAG